UCAUGAAGGUAUGAUGGCUCCAAUCAGUAAAAGUUUAAUUAUUUGGGGCAGUAUUUUAUUAAUUUGUCUAUUUGGAAGCAUUGACGGUUAUAAUUAUGACAUUGGAUACGAAUACCACUACAACUAUAAGGCUGAAUCAGUGGUUUUGGGCGAUUUCAGAGUUGCUACCAUCGUUAAGUUCCGCGUAAGACCAGUGGAGAAAGGGAACAACUCACUACUGUGUCAACUUCAUGUGGACAGUUUUACCCAGUCAGCGGGCGGGAAAACCAAGACCAAUCCUGUGGGAUGGAACUUCGACAAUGGAUUCGAGUUCCAUGUAUCAGAAGACGGGUUAAUUAAGGAAAUAGCACACCAUCACGAAGAGAAGAAUGACGUAUUGAACCUAAAGAAGGUUCUUGCCAGCGUGCUAUCAGCGAAAGGAAAGCUUGGUCUUAAAAACAAGCGGACGUUUUACAACUGGGAACAUGACCAUUCAGGUUAUUUGCCACAUAAGUACGACAUUCAGAGCACAACCUCUGGUUAUAGAGUUAGUAAAUUUCACGAGAGCACAGACAGAAUCUAUAGAAAACAUGCUAAGACAUUACACUACAGUCAUGGUGGGGUCAUUGAAUUUGUUCGCACAGAUGAUAAAGUUAUUCUUCAGAACAAAAAUAAAGUGCCGGUAACAAGCCACUCUGAUCCUAGCGAUAAAGAAAUCAGAGAAGUAAAGACUGGAGAAGUGAAAGACAUCGAAUCGAAUACAACAACUGAAGUUAAACUUGUCAGCAAAAUAAAACUGAAUAAAGUUGACGCUUUAUCGCCCUUGAACAAGUAUUUGAAAGUUCAUGACAGCAUUGUUGUUAAAAAGGAGAAGCCAAAAACCACUGAUUUAUCAGAAGUUAAUAACAAGAUUGAAUUAAAUGUAGCAUGUAUUCAGGCUAACAAAGAUGAAGUCAAUAGCAACAGAUCUGAUUGCUUUGCGGACCUGGUGCAGAUAGUGAAUCGCCUUCCAGAGGAGGAUUAUGUAAAACUAGCUACACGCGAGUUCUCCAGGGAAUGCCAAUCAAAUGACACAAACUGCUCCAGUAGACAAAAUUUAUUCAUUGAUCUUUUAUUCAAAGAGGGACGCAAUGCCACACAAAAUCUGAUUAUCCGAUAUUUCUUGAAAAAGAAGGGUGCCAAUGAAACGACCAUUUGUCGAAUAUUUUUCCAUUUAGCUGACAUGAAAAAUCCCACACUGGCCUUGUUAGAAGCCGUGGAAGAUUUAUGUCUUGGUCCAGAUCAUGCCAAUAUAGGAUUAAUUGCCAUGACAAAAACCCACAAACAUGCUUGCUUGGCACUUGGAACAUUGAUAAGAAUAUUUCGAAACAAUUCUGAGCACGACGAGAAGACUGACCAUUUACUGGAUUCUCUUCAGAAAUGGCUGACUCCACAUAAUCAGACGCAUUAUAAAGAAAUGUACAACAAAAGAAGAUCACGUCGCCCAGUGGACAAAUUUGAUGGUGAAGUCCAUAAUUACACGUACUCCAAAAUGGUGUUAAUCCACGCCUCAGGAAAUUCGGGACAGGCCAGGGACUACCUCUUGACGUACAUGAGGCCCGGGGAGGGAGACAACAGUUGGAGGAGGGCUGCUAUUAUAGGAAUGAGACAUUUCAGCUGCACAGAGAGUUCCGUUGCUUUGCUUGAUCUUCUUGUCAACGAUGAAUCUUCCCUGGUUAGACAGCAAGCGAUGGAAUACUUUGAGAAACACCCUUUAUCGAAAAGAAGCCUUCCGCAACAUCGAGAUAUCAUUUUAAGCCGAAACUACUCAUACCAAACUUUGAUGCGUGUGAAAAGAGGUAUUCUUGAUGUUAAGUUCAAAGAUGGCUUCUUCUUUGCAAUGAGACUUCCGGGGAUACAAUGGAGUAAACAGAUGGGAAAUAGUGCCCUAGGAGCAGGAAUUGGGCUUAUUUUGACAAAUGAACUUGAAAUAGAAAUAAAACCACUCAGCGGCCACGCCAUGUUGAAUGUUUAUGAUGAUGCAUACGCUAAAGUUAUGGUUGGUUGGCUUGGAAUAGAACAAUAUCUCUUCCGAGCUCACGCCUGCUACAGAGGACAUGCAGGAUAUGAUAUCAACAUACUAAAGGACUUUGGAGUGAAUGGCAUACAGGAUUUGGCAACGAUAUUCGACAGAAUCGUGAAAACAGUGGUUGACCCUGUAAAGGACGCCAUCAAGGCUUUCAAAGACAUCAUUCAGUUAUUUGACAAGGGUGUUGACUAUAUUGUCAACAAGAUUAUUGAGCUGGUCAAAAACUUUCCCCUUAUUUUAGAAAACAUCAUUCAAAAUGUCAUCAAAGCUGUCAUGAAGGUCAUUGAGUACGGAGGUGUUCCAUGGAUUGACCAAAUUAAGAAGAUAAUUAUCAAAGCCAGAUAUUUUGUGGAAGAUGUGAAGGAGGACCUUACAGAGUUUUAUAGUACGAUUGCCGAUGCUAUCACAGUGACACUUCCCUAUGUUGCCAAAAAGUUGUUUGACUCUGUUGCAUCAAUAGUGUCAGCUCUGAAGAACUUCUUGUCAAAUCCCGUACAGUCUGUCACGGUGUUUGGAAAAUCUGUACUAGACAUUAAGCUUGCUAUUGGAAUGUUUCUAGACGUAAAAAACAAAGUUGUAGAGAGUUUGUCAUUUCUGAAAGGCGGUACACCAUUUUGGGUGGACUACUGGGAAGAUUUUAAGGAGAUUUUAGGAGAUGUCAAAGACCUUUUUGGACUUCUUUUUGACAAGAAGGAGAGUCCUUCCACCGAAGAGUUCGAGGAUGAACUUUCCACGGCACUAACGGACGGGGUGUCAAUGACGAGAGAGCAAACCAAUAUAUUUAUUGAGGCUAUCAAGAAGUCCUUUGGGGACAUAACAACUCAGUUUCAGGACACUUUGGGCGAAUUAGUUUCUCCCUUUUUCAAUGCUUUCAACUCUGUAUUGAAUGCCGUCAAAGCAAUCAAGUCUGGAUAUACUACAGUCAGAGAUAUGUUCAUAAAGACAAAAAAUAUUAUACAAAAGAUAUUCGGUUCCAAAUUCCACAUAAAAUUUCCCAAGCGGCGGAGAAAUGAGGAUUCUACUUGUGGAGUAGGGGUUUGGCCUACGAAUACCAACGGAAGAUAUCAGACACUUGGUGUUGAUGUUCGAAUUGGUUACUUAGCUGACAUUCGAAGUCCUGUUAAUGGCGAAGUUUUUAAAGAAAACAAUAGAGUGGUAAUCUUGCCUACAGAUGAAGAUUUUAUCGAAUUUGAAAUCGUAAUAGAAGGUAUAAUUCCGAAGUCGUCCAUCUCAUCCGAGGGGGAGUUUCUGUCAGCGGGAAAAGAUGUCAUUGGAAAAGCCGACAAAUCACCUUGCGAUUAUAAUUCUAUCCACGUGUCUGUGCGGAAAAGAUCAACGGAAAAGAUGUCCGAUUCUGAUUAUAAAUACAUCGAUCCAUCUCCAUUUCUGGAUCACCUGCUUCCCACCCCAGAAUGGAUCUGGGAAUGCAAGGACUACACUUAUAUUAAUUUUCUCAGCGUUGUUUCGGCUGAUGCUGUUGGGGAAACCCUAGACAAGACAGACGAAGAAAUUUCAAGAGCGACGUUUUCAGGAGCUGAAGAUAUUGGGAACGAAUUUCCUGAUGAAGAACCUAACUAUCGUCCUCCAGAGUUCGAAGUGGCUUCUCCUGAUGACCCUGUGGCUGUUGGUGCGUGGAACAAGUUCAAGGACGGAUUCAAGGGUCUAGUUAAAAACUUUAAGGACAUAGCCAAACAGCUGUUUGAUUUUUCAAGUAACAGGACUGGACCUAACCUCCUCGAUCUGGUUAAUGUUAAUGCUUAUACCCUUGGCAGAAUCAAAGAAUUACUUGGAGAUAAAGUUGAAACGGAAAUGAAAAUUGUUUAUGAUAAACUUAUGCAACUUCGAUCGUCCAUUUCUGCUCAAAACUUGGAUGGAUUAUCGAUGUCAAAGCUUCGGAGUUUAUUAUCGGCCUCGUUCAGCAGCGCGUCUGGAUCCAAGUCAAACAUGGUUUCAAGGGUUCUCUCAAGAACUGAAAAUGAUUGCCCGAUGUUUCUCAACAGACUUCAAAAAGGCCCUGGAAAUGUCUGUUUUGUUCAUCGAAGUUGCAAUGAAAUUUCCUGUGCUGUUUUACUUUCCCAUGCUAAUCACAGACUAAUGGUUACCACUGACAUCAAAAUGAACGGAUGUUUAAAACAAAUCAAUGUAACAACACACUCAACUUCUUUUGUAAUAAAUUUUCAAGAUGGUGUUGAAAUGGAGGAGAGGGUUCCUUUAGUGGAAGUGUCUACCUUAAUGUCUGCAAACUUAGUUGUUUCUGUAAAAUUUGACUGGACAACUGCAAUUAUCUCCCUUUCUGCAGAACUCUGUGUGUCUGAUUUUAUUUCUUGCUUGCAUACUGUACCAGUGCUAUUGAACUACGAAGUUGAUACGACAUGUUACUCAGGAGAUGGAAACACCCUCGUAUUGCCGACUAUGGAUAGCAUAACUGUUCAAGAUUUCAUAGCAGAACUUUCCGAAAAUCACCUUCUUGAUAAAGAGAUUCUUAAAAUCCUUGACACCAUAAGAGAAGCUAUGAUGGACGAGUUGAUAAACGAUCCAAGGACUCUUUUGAAAAUAAUGGGCAAAGAGUUCCAGAAUAAGGUAGACUUCUGCGCAGAUGUAGAAAUACCAUUUCCGACAAAGGACUUCGAGUUUCUGGAUUUGGACAUCGGUCCGAUCAUGGUUGGCCCUGUUCCAUUAUAUUUUGAAUUAGGAGCUGGAGCGUCCAUUGGCCUGAGAAUUCAAGUCGGUCUUUGUAUUCUAAGUUUCAAAGCAAAGGGAACACUUACCCCCUGGGCAGGGGCAAAAGUAUGGGGAGGAGUGGCGAUUAAGUUUUUUAUUUUUAGAGCUGGAUUAAGACUCAUAGGAUAUCUACUAGAGACGCGAUUUCCAAUAACGGCAGAAAUAACGUAUAAUAAAUUUCCUCUUGACGUAAAGUAG